CCCCGCAGCAACAACAAUUUUCUCCGCUCGUCCAGUCCAUCCGCAUCGCUUUCCUUUCAAGAAAGUUAGUCAACAAACCGCCCUAACCCGAACAGCGCAAUCACCUCAAAAUGUCCGAGAAACUUCAGUCCACCCUGACGACCAGCUUGACGCUCCUGGAACAAUUCCAGGGUGCCAUUGCUUCCCCAUCCAGCGAUAUUUCCUCCUCCACCGAUCUUUCCGGAAAAGAUGCGUUACCCCUCCUCUCCGCCGCGUCGACAACCCUGAAAUCGCAAGUCACCAAGCUCUCGCUCCUCACGAUUACUUCCCCCUUUACCCCUUCUGCUGUCACAAGUGUCAUUAACGCCUUGAAUGAGUCCGUGCUGCCCUCUCUGGUCGCCGCAGCACUCCUCGUCACCCCGGCCCAUCACACGAAGGCGUUCCAAUCCGAAGUGCAUGUUCUGACCCAAACAGCACUAAAGGAAACGACAGCACUACUCCAGGAGGUCCAGACGGUUGCGAAAAAGGCGGAAGAUGCUCAGAAGAAAGAAGCCGGCUUGUCGCAGUCGGAGAAGGACGUGGUCACGGUGGCGGCUGGACGCUUGUGGGACUCCUGCGACGUCCUGAUUGAUAUUGCAGCGAAGGGUGUGGUUGGGUUUGUGGUCCGACGUGUGGAAGAAUGGAGAGAUCUUGUACGGGAUGCAGUCCAGGAGAUUGAGGAAUGGGACCCCAAUGAGGAGGGCGAUGAUUUCUUCGAUGACCUUCUGAGCGAUGACGGGAAGGGCAAGGCCGAUGAGGAUGACGAGGAGGAUGAAGACGAUGAUGAUGAUGAAGAUACGGCUGCUCUUCAAGAGCAGAAAAAGUCGGCCCUCCGGAUCCUGAAACCAGUCUCGCAGAUAUACCCCACCAUCUCGGCGAACCGACUAAAGAAAACUUCUGAUUCGCCAUCACUCGUCGGCAAGCUGGAAUCCUUGAUGAAAUACCUGCAGCAGAUCCCUGGCCAUGUUGACGAGGUAGCCGGCGCGUUGUACGAGGCGAAUACGGAGAAAUCCCUCCAAUACAUGCGCAUGACAAAGGACUGCGCCGUCAAGGCUGUCAAUCUUGCUAGUCUUCCCUUGGAUGUGACUGAUUCUGCCGAUGCGCCUCAGGAGAAGGAGGACAAGUUCACCACUUGGGCCAGGACUUGGCUGAAGGUCAUGGACCAAGUUAGCAAGUCUGUUAUUGAUGCGACACAGUGAAUAGGCGUUCGCAACACCUUUCAUACUAAGUUUUCGGGAUAUGUCUCGAGUUACAUGUCCAUGUAGCAGUAGUGAGAUUUUCCCGGCAGAGUACAUAGUCACAGUUAGGAUGCGAGAUAUAUGAUACCAAUGCUU